AUGACAGUCCCGUUCCACCACGAGCAGCUGGACCGGUCAAGGCGCGAGAUAAGGCUUCUCGAGCUACUCCCGAAAAAUCAAUGGCCGAACGAUUCCCAGCCUGCAUGUCGACUGUUUCAUGCUAGUCUUGAUGAACCUCCACCAUACCUGGCCUUGUCAUAUGUUUGGGGAGAUAAGAGCGACCCUAGGUCCAUACUAGUAAACGGACGUACUUUCGAAGUGACAAGAAACUUGUUCGAAGCACUAAACAGUAUAGUCGAAUCAGAGAGUUUCAUUACCUGGAUUGAUGCGAUAUGCAUCAAUCAGGCGGAUGAUGAAGAGAAGGGAUGGCAAGUCGCCUUAAUGGGCGACAUCUAUCGACAGACAUCUGAAGUGAUAGCGUGGCUUGGACCGUCAGCACACAACAGUGAUGCUGUUCUGCAACAUCUCGAUAUACUGGGCUCGAUUUCGGAAUCACUGGGCCUUCCUACAGAUACUUCGGCCUGCUUGACUGCGUGGAAAGUAAUGCUGGGGAUCAUACCGCUGGAGGGUGAUCUUACAGAGCCCACUUCCAAUCCCAAUUCCAAUCCCGCCAGGCUCUCGAUACCCUUGUACGCAUACGAAAUCCUCUUAUAUAUUAUGGGUGGCUUUGAGUCCCAUCGUUACUUGCUUCCAUUAGCUGAUCUGGACCAUCUCUUCCAGCGAAAAUGG